CGGUGCCGAGGAGCUCUGCCGGCGCUCGGAGCCCGUCUCGGGCAUUGCCCGGCCCCACCCCCGAAAGUCCACCGAGCCUUUCAGAACGGGCGGCCCUUCUCCCCGAAGACGGUGCUCUUUGCUCUGGACCAGAAAGAACAGGCGGACAGGGAGCCGCAUCGCCAGAGGGGCUGGAACCCGGACCCGCGAGAGUUCCGCGCAGCGGGACCCCCGCGCCGCUCUUGCCCGCGGGGUCGCGCCCGUGGGAGCGCGUUCUCGCCCAGGAGAGUGAGGUUACAGGGUGGAGAAGAUUUUUAUCUGAGAACACAUCAUUCAAGAUGAAGCUAUAAGAAACUGCAUCUGCUAAAGGAGCCUCCAAGGUAGACCCAGGACCCCACUUUGGCUCUGUACAAACGCUGAACAAAGGCAGUACAUGAUUACAGAGGGAUGGUGACUGAAAGGUGCUUUUCCCACAUGAGUGCAAGAGGAGUAGACAGUUAAAAGAAUUGACUGCUGUGGAAGACAGCAUGACCACCAUGAAAGGAAGCUGCUUCCUCACACUGCUCUUGGCAGGACUUGGGGUGCUAGGAAUACUGGAGUCAACAACAACAGAAGAUACCCACUGCCACAGAGCUGAGCACCCAAUUAUUGAAUACAAAGAAAUUGCCCCUUGGCUACAUGUGUUCAAAGCAGAGGAUGCUGUGGACUUUUCACAGUUAACAUUUGACCCAGGACAAAAAGAGCUUAUUGCUGGAGCAAGAAACUACCUCUUCAGAUUGAAGCUUGAGGAUCUUUCUCUAAUACAGGCAGUGGAGUGGCAAUGUGAUGAAGCUACUAAACGAGCCUGUUACAGUAAAGGCAAAUCAAAGGAGGAAUGCCAGAACUAUAUUCGAGUUCUUCUUGUUGGAGGCAACCAUCUCUUUACCUGUGGAACCAACGCAUUCACCCCAAUCUGCACCAAUCGCACGUUAAGCAACUUGACAGAGAUACACGACCAAAUCAGUGGCAUGGCUCGUUGUCCCUACAGUCCCCAGCACAACUCUACUGCUCUUCUCACUUCCAGUGGAGAAUUAUAUGCUGCUACAGCCAUGGAUUUUCCAGGAAGGGAUCCUGCUAUUUAUCGAAGUCUGGGGGCCCUUCCUCCUCUCCGAACUGCCCAGUACAACUCCAAGUGGCUGAAUGAACCAAAUUUUGUGUCAUCUUAUGACAUUGGGAACUUUACCUACUUCUUCUUCCGGGAAAACGCAGUAGAACAUGACUGUGGGAAAACAGUUUUCUCUCGUGCUGCUCGGGUGUGUAAAAAUGAUAUUGGUGGCAAGUUUGUGCUGGAGGAUACCUGGACUACUUUCAUGAAAGCUCGUCUGAACUGCUCUCGCCCUGGAGAAAUUCCAUUUUACUAUAAUGAACUUCAGAGUACUUUCUUCCUGCCAGAACUGGACUUGAUCUAUGGGAUUUUUACCACUAAUGUGAACAGCAUAGCAGCCUCAGCAGUUUGUGUUUUUAAUCUGAGUGCCAUAACUCAGGCUUUUAAUGGACCCUUCAAAUACCAAGAGAACUCUCGCUCUGCUUGGCUUCCAUACCCCAAUCCUAACCCUAAUUUUCAGUGUGGCACCAUGGACCAGGGUUUGUAUGUAAAUCUGACUGAGAGAAAUCUUCAAGAUGCACAAAAAUUCUUCUUAAUGCAUGAGGUUGUUCAACCAGUUAUACCAAUUCCUUACUUCAUGGAAGACAACAGCCGAUUUUCCCAUGUGGUUGUAGAUGUUGUGCAGGGCAAGGACAUGCUUUUCCAUAUCAUCUAUCUUGCCACAGACUAUGGCACCAUUAAGAAAGUACUUGCCCCAAUGAACCAGACUUCAAGCAGCUGCCUGCUUGAGGAAAUUGAGCUCCUGCCGAAAAGUCAGCGAGAGCCCAUCAGGAGCCUUCAGAUCCUGCACAGCCAGAGUGUCCUUUUUGUGGGCCUUCAGGAACAUGUGAUUAAGGUCCCCCUGAAGAGAUGUCUCUUUUACAAAACGUACAGUGCAUGCAUUGGAUCCCAAGACCCUUAUUGUGGCUGGGACAUGGUGAUGAAGAAAUGCACAACGCUGGAAGAAAGUCUGAGCAUGAGUCAAUGGGAGCAAAGCAUUACCGUGUGUCCAAUGAGGAAUCUGACAGUGGAUGGACAUUUUGGAACGUGGUCACAGUGGAAACCUUGCACCCACACUGACGGUGCCAGUGUUGGUUCCUGCCUCUGCAGGACGCGUGUGUGUGACAGUCCUGCUCCUCAGUGUGGAGGAUGGCUGUGUGAAGGACCAACCAUGGAGAUUGCCAACUGUUCCAGAAAUGGAGGCUGGACACCAUGGACUUCUUGGUCACCUUGUAGCACCACUUGUGGAAUAGGCUUUCAAGUUCGUCAGCGUUCCUGCAGCAAUCCAACCCCUCGACAUGGAGGACGUGUCUGUGUGGGACAGAAUCGUGAGGAGAGGUACUGCAACGAGCAUUUGUUGUGCCCCCCUCACAUGUUUUGGACAGGCUGGGGGCCAUGGGAGCGCUGCACGGCUCAGUGUGGAGGAGGGAUCCAGGCACGGCGCAGGACCUGUGAAAAUGGUCCUGACUGUCCUGGCUGCAGUGUGGAAUAUCAGCCCUGUAACACCAAUGCCUGCCCGGAGUUAAAGAAGACGACUCCUUGGACACCCUGGACACCAGUGAACAUCUCGGACAACGGCGGUCACUACGAGCAGCGUUUCCGAUACACCUGCAAGGCGCGGCUGCCCGACCCCAACCUGCUGGAGGUGGGACGGCAGCGCAUCGAGAUGCGCUACUGCUCCAGCGACGGCACCAGCGGCUGCUCCACCGAUGGAUUGUCAGGGGACUUCUUGCGUGCUGGAAGAUACUCUGCUCAUACCAUCAAUGGUGCCUGGUCACCCUGGUCUCCGUGGUCUCAGUGCAGUCGUGACUGCAGCAGAGGAAUCCGGAACCGCAAACGGGUCUGCAGCAAUCCUGAGCCCAAGUAUGGGGGACUUCCUUGCCUUGGUCCAUCUCUAGAGUACCAGGAAUGCAACAUUUUGCCUUGCCCAGUGGAUGGAGGCUGGUCUUGUUGGUCAUCUUGGUCAAAGUGCUCAGCGACGUGUGGAGGAGGGCAUUACAUGAGAACGCGCUCCUGCACCAACCCGGCGCCAGCGUACGGAGGGGAUAUCUGCCUUGGCCUGCACACUGAGGAGGCACUCUGCAACACACAGCCCUGUCCAGACAGCUGGUCCGAGUGGUCCGACUGGUCUGACUGCGACUCGUCCGGCUCCCAGACCCGCACUCGACAGUGCAUCAUUUUGUUUCCUGUGGGCAGCCAGUGCACGGGCAACACCUCAGAGAGCAGAGCCUGUGCUGUGGACUCCAACUUCAUACCAGAAAUAUCUGUGGCACGAUCCAGCAGCAUAGAAGAGAAGCGAUGUGGCGAGUUCAACAUGUUCCACAUGAUCGCAGUGGGAUUAAGUAGCUCAAUCCUUGGUUGCCUUCUCACCCUGCUUGUUUACACGUACUGCCAGCGAUACCAGCAGCAGUCCCACGAUGCCACUGUCAUCCACCCGGUGUCACCGGCCCCACUCAACACCAGCAUCACCAACCACAUCAACAAACUGGACAAAUAUGACUCUGUAGAAGCCAUUAAGGCAUUUAACAAAAACAACCUGAUUCUAGAGGAGAGAAACAAAUACUUCAAUCCACAUCUUACUGCAAAGACUUAUUCUAAUACCUAUUUUACAGAUUUCAAUAAUUAUGAUGAGUACUAAUGGGCUUGUGUAUUUUUGGCCUUCUGUAACUCCCUAGUCCCCAAGGCCUGUGCUACUCAAGUGCUCAUGUGAUUGAGGCUUCAGAGAUGAAGUUCAGAGACAUUUCAAGCACGAUCCAAGCCAUCAAUGUCCCAUUGCUGCCAAAAGCCCAAACCGCCUGUUUGUGACAUGAUGUUUUCUUUGCAGAAUGCAAGGUUGGCCUUCAGUGUCAGGGGCGGCUGUAGCCCCUCAGUGUUGCUGGACCACUCAUGAGGAUUGCAUUGCCUCACUCAGUUUCAUAAACUUUCACUUAUAUUUCUUUAACAAGUGACUAAGUAAUUCCGGAGUUUUAAAAAGAAAUAAUAAUGUUACCCCUUAAACCUGUGCCAGGAGUACAAAUCUCAUUUUCUUUUCAGGCAUUGUAUUUUAUUUCCUUGGGGUUUAAAAAGGGAGCUUUGCUGUUAGCCCUCUGUGCAGUCUGCUGAAGCUCACACUGCCAAAAAGCGCUCACAAGGUGCUGGGGAUGACAAGAAGAAAUGUGGUGGUUUAGUGAUCCUCUGCAGCAGCUCUGGGCUCUGUAGGUUGAUCUUCCUGGGCUGUAAAUCACUCUGGCUGCAGUUCAGCUGCUCAGAGUGCAGAGAAGUUCUAAGCCUGUACCGAGGGAUACAAUCUUGUAAUUAACCUGGACACCUCCAGGGUCAGUGGUUUCCACUUGCAAGCCAAGCCCAGUCACAUAAAACCUUCCCCUUGCUCAGUUUAAUUUUUGGAAGGUGUGGAAGAGCUUGUCCCAGGGGAAGCCGAGGGAGGAGGGCAGAUGGAAGAGGCAGGCUGGAAGGGUUUUCUCUGUGUCUCUAAUAAACCAGCCUUGCUGCAGCACACAGAGUUGUUGUGGCAUUCCACAGGCUUCCUCUCCCUUGAGCCUGCCCAUGGGACACACUUGUGGCAUGUGGCACUGGCCACCAGGCUGGGCACAGAGCAGUACAACUGCACCCUGUACUGUGUGCCAUCUCUGGCUCUUGGGCUAUGUAGGCAUAAUCAUAGGUCUGCUUCUUUCUUUCCAGCUUUUACUUUAUAUGCACGUGUCCGACAAACAAAGCUGGCUCAGAGAAUAUGGAUACAUUUGCAAAGGGCUGUCUCACCUCUCUGUCGUGUCUGACCUGCACCAGUCAGCCCCUGUAGUUAAUGGUGUUUCAAGUGAUGAUCUUGUUGGACUUCAUUGAUGUAAAUAUUUAAAGUACUAUUUCAGUUUUAAGUUAUCAGUUUUAAUUCCUUUUGUAGUGGUAGAUAAGGAAACACAAAAGUUUUGUACCAUUUUUCUUUGUCCUGUCUUCACACUCAUUUAUUCCAUUUUUAUUUUUGUAUGUGAAGUUCCGUAUGUAUAACUAAAAAAUAAAAUUUCAGGGAUUUGAGUCAGAUUUCACAGAGUAUAUAGUAGCAAGGAAGCAUUUGCUAUUCUCAGAAGCUUUUGAGAAGAAAUUGAAAGUGUAUAUUGAGGAUUAAAGAACUGGGUUUUCAUUUUCUUGCUAAAAGCAAAGACUGUCACACUAGAAUGCUACGCAGGUCUGCAAGGAGAAGCAGAAUGGAAAUGUUUCCAUUCUGCUUAGAGGCCUUGCUAAUUAGGUUAUGAUGAUAGACAAAUAGAGAAAAACAUGUACAAAUUAUAAUGAUUCACAACUAUGUAUGAAAGAAAAUCAAAAGUACCAAUAAACACUUCCAUAGCAAUGGUAAAUACUGUAUCUACGCAUGGCAGUGAGCUAUAUUUUUGAUUGGGGAUAGAUCUGAAUGUAGCACUAUGCUUCCAAUCUGUUCUACAGAAAAAUGGAAAAAUUCAAAGUGGUUUGUAAAAUGCUAUGCAGGAAAAUGAACACACAUUUACCAUCUAUGAAAGUAAUUAAGAUCAGCCGCCAGUUUUUUCCAGCUGAAUAGUUCUCUCUGUUACUCAGUCAAAUGAAAGCAUCUCACCUUCACACCAGCUCAUCUCCAGAAAGUAUAAUAAUACUGAGUCUCUAUAAUUUGUGAUUUUUCACUGUACAUUAGAUUUGGUUUUCCGGGAAUAAAUUAGCUGAUUGCCCUGGGUAAGAGAAAAUUUUCUUUGCAAGAAAUAUAGGGGAGAAAAACUCUCCAAAUCAUAACAAGUAUGGUAUUUGAAUUACUGUGUUCAUGCCAAAAUAAAAAAAAAUUAUAUUUAAAUAAGAUGAAAUGAAAGCUAUAUUGUUGCUACUACCAAGAAAAAGCAGCACAUGUACAUACACAUUUAUGAGCAGCACUCUUUCUUUCUGCCCCUGUACUAAGAGCACGCUACUCCAACUUCUGGAUUUUAUAUUUUAGACUAUUAGUUUUGAGACCAAUUUCUUUAAAAUAUUUGAACUAUGUAUUUUUAUUUUACCUUUUUGAAUUAAAAUUGCUGAAAUUAUCUUUUUUUUCCUAAUUCUUCAGUAGUUUGAGGCAUACCUAUCUUUAUAGUGAUCUAUUUUUCAUUCUUUUCAUGGAUAAAUACAUAUGUUAGAUACGUGUUAUAUAUGUGGUAAUAAUACCCUAGGUUAAAUCUGCAUGAUCAUAGGUAGAAGUCCAUUUAGCAGAUGCUCAGCCUGCUUACACUUCCCUCUCCUAAAGGGGUAUUUCAGGUGUUCCAGAUCUUUGAGCAGCUCCCAUGCCAACAUGUCCAAAAGUGUUUUUUUAAAUUUUUUUUUGUCAUUUAACUUCCUAAAUUUAAUUGUUCUAUAUCACAGGUAGAAAUAUAAUCAAAACUCUAUCUGAAGCAGCAGGGUAAACAUGGAAAUUUCACAGCACUUAAAUGAGAAAAGCUUAUUGGCAACAUCUCCUUGUCAAGCUAGGUUGUGAGACAACAGGUUUUAAAGCCUUUAGAUAUUUGUGACUUAGGCAGUUUUAAAGGACCCCAGAUGCACUGCCUGUAUCAGUAUUUUCACCUUCUGAAUUCUGUGUAGCUGCCUAGGUAGUUUAGUACAGCUUUUCCUAGUACAUGGAGCAAAGCAAAGUACAGUCUCCAUUAAUUUUCAACUUACUUAGCAUUUUUUCUAAAAUAGGCUACAAAGCUGAAAAAGAAGAUUUCAUAGAAUAGUUUAGGUUGGAAGAUGUCUAAGAUCGAAUCCAAUAUUUAACCUAACACUGCCAAGUCCCCUAUUAAAUGAUAUUCAUUUUUUUCUUGAAAGCACUUAUUUUUCUUUCUAUCAAAAAUAUAGCAGGUGGGCAUUUCCUGCAAACCUUGUUUAAGCCAAUAGAGCUGUUAAAUUUUCUCAAGGAUAAAAUUUGGUUAUGUAAGCAUUGUUUUAUUCUUCAAAAGGGAAAAUCAAGUCCCUUGCUCAUCAAAUGCCACGAUUAAAAGUCCUUCAACAUUUCACUUGGAUAAAGUCAUCUAUUUUGGAUAAAUAAUUAUAUUACCUCUGAUGCCAUUAGUUAAUAUUACUAAACAUGUUUACACUGGUUGCCUAAAUUUAAAAAUCCUUCUCUAUUUUGUAUGCAAGCAGUUUGGCAGAUAAAUGCAAAUUCUGUAGGUAAAGCUGUUUCCAUGUAGCCCUGCUGCAUGGAGGGAGAAGGAAGCAAGAGUGCCAGUCACAUCCUGCAUGGUAUAUGCACUCAUUGGCCAACUCAAAGUACACUAUGCCUGAGUACACAUUUUGUGCUUAUUUUUUAUGAAUCAUAGCAUAUGCUCCUUGGUUGCUUAGAAAAUGGACUCCUGUGCUUGCAAGUAUACCUUGGACGUUAAUUUGAGUCUGAUGAUCUUUAUGGCCUUUUUAAGUUACUCUGUUUAGAAGAUUUACAGCCGUUUGCAGUCACCUGAUGUUGAAGCAGUGUGGUUUGGCUACAACUAAUCGAGAGAGUUUUUACUAGAAUUAGGUAUUUCAUAAGAGUGGGAGAAAGAAUGGGGCUUAAAUGACUUUGAUUUCCAGGCUAUUAAGUAGUACUGAUUAAAGUCUCACAUGGAUGUAGGAUUCUGUGCAUUUAGUUAGCUCUACCAGAGAUCCACACCAGACUCUGGGAAAAUACCAUGCCAGCAUACAAAUAACAUAAGUACUUCAGCUACUGAAGCACUUAUGUUAGUGAAGAAAUUUCUCAGAGCAUCAGAUCAUAUGGCUGUUCAAACCAGAAUGUAAGAGGUCCCAGAUGUAAGUAAAAUGUUAAUAGGAUUAAAUGUUUCAGUAUUUUUUCCUCAUAAUUAUAGAAUGAAUAUAUUCAUUUCUUUAAAUGCGGGACCAGUUUUAAUAAAAUCAGCGCAACAUGAGCACAUUCCUAAUGUUGAUUGUAUGCAUAAUGGCUUUGCUGUAUGAGAUCAAUUCUGUAAACAGUUUGGUCCAAGCUUAUCUUGCUCUGCUUGAGGCCACUGGCCAAUUUUAAUUGUAGCUGCCACCAGCAUAAUCUAUGUCUCGUCUAGGAAAACAUACUUAAGUGGGCAGUCACAUCCCAAUGAGGGCUUGUGUCUCUCCACCAAAACUGCAGUGAGCCUAGAGAGAUAUACUUCUAAUUUUCAGUGUCAUUUCCAUGACUAGGUUGGCAUAAGCUAGGCUCUUGAGCAUAAUUUUACUCAUUACGUAAGUAACCACACCAAGAUCAAUGGUCCAGAUGUAACAAGUUACUCAUUUUAAUGUGUUUACAGAAUUGAGCCCAAAAUGUAUUGCUUCUGCACAAAUCCAUGCACAGUACAAAUGACUUCAAUAGUAAAAAACCAGAUUCAUUUAAAAUUGUUCACAAGCAAAUCUGCAUCUUGAUAUCAGGGAAUAAUAUCUGUUCGUUGUGUGGGGUAUUUGAAUUCAUUCUUUUCUUUGCUAAAUAAAUGAAUGAUAAAACAAAAUACUGUUUGACUUCAUUUAAAAGCCAUUCUUCCAAAUAAAGAAGGAUUGUGGGAUCUGUGGA